AUUUGCAUCUAGGCUGUCUCAUGAAGUGUUAGAAAUAAUUCCUGUAUUUUUUUUACUGGUUUGUUUGUUUUAAUUAAAUGCAUUGAGAAUUUCCCACAAUUCAGAGCUGUCUGUAAGAUGGUGAGCUCUUUUUUGCUGCAGGUUUUUUCCCAGUCUUCAUCCAUUUCUUUCGCUCUUUGAAAGUGCUCUCAUGCGUUUCUGAGAUCUGAGCUGACAUAUUCAUUGUUAGCUAACAGGAGCUUUGCUAAGUUUUGUGGGUUGGUGCAAGUGGCCAAUAAUGGCGGGUAUUUUGUUGAUAAUACAAAAAUAACAAAAGGCCUAUAGAAAAAUGGUUAGCACUCAACACUCUGGACAUAAUGGAUUUCAUACUUUGUCUGCUUUUAGAUUCUCUUUUAAAAAAGUGUUUUUGUGAGCAGCUACAGGCCCCGAUUUCGUGACUUCCCAGCCUUGAAAACUAACUAGCCAUACUAUAACAAAACUGGAGAAGGACUCAUAAAAGAGCAGUAAAAAAAUGCCAAGAGACCAGAGCAACAACAGGAGGAAAGAAAUCUGAUGCUGCAAAUCCAUCUGGCUGGACUUACAAAGAGAAUCAGGAAAAAUGUCUGAGAGGCAAAAUAGGCAAAUUUUCUGAAACUACAGAUAGAAACCUGGAAUGAGAGGAAAGAAUAGGAGGGACUUGGCAUCCUCGUGAAAAGUGACUGGACAGAAAGUAAAGAUAAGAAAAUUUGUCUUAGACAACUGGCCCAAUAAUCCAGUGAUGGACCUGUGCAAUCCUGUUGGGCAAGAAAAGAAACCUCAGAAGGUUUCAUACCCAAGCGAGCCUCCACCACUGACCCUGCAUAGCCUGUGACCUACAGCACCAGAAGACAGCACGUGCACACAAGACAGACACAAGAAGUGCCCAGCACAGCACUCAUCGAUGGACUGACGACUGACAAAGAUCAGUCUCUUUGGAUGUUGUCGAAGCGUCAGUGGGCCCUAAACCUGAACUUCAUUCGUACCAUUUGGAGCUGCCUUCUUUAUACUGAAAUGCAAGUUUUGUAAGCAGGAAAUAUGAUUAAAGAUAACAAAGAAAUUGUUCCACUAAUGGGCAAGAAAACAAAUCCAUCUGGUAUUCCCCCUUCAAACCAGCAAGAGAAAAAGCCAACUGAGAGCACUCCCACAAAGAAAAGUUCACACUUCUUUCUGGAGAUCGAUGGUUUUGAAAGCAAUGCAACUCCAAAUAACACAUCUCCCCCUGUGUUUUCAAAACCAAUGGAUUCAAAUAUUCGUCCAUGUGCAUCUGGAAAUGGGGAAGAUAUGGAUUCCCCACAGUCUCUUCAGGAUGACGUGACUGAAUAUAGCCCUAACGUAGACAGUUGUGCUAACAUAUCACAAGGUCCUGAGCAGACAAGUGCCCGGAAGAAGUUGAAAAGAUACAUAUUUCGAGCAGUAUCUGAGGGGAAUGUAGAAGAAUUGCAAGGUCUGCUCGCAGAGCUGAAGGAAAGAUCAAAUGCAUGUACAAACAUGACUGUGCCAGAUUAUCUGAUGAAAAAAUUCACAGCUUCAGAUACUGGCAAAACGUGUCUGAUGAAAGCUCUACUGAACAUCAACCAAAACACAAAUGAGAUCGUGAAUACGCUACUCUCCUUUGCAGAAGAAAAUGGUAUUUUGGAGAGGUUUAUCAAUGCAGCAUACACAGAAGAGGCGUAUAAAGGCCAGACAGCUCUAAAUAUUGCCAUUGAAAGAAGACAAUAUGAAAUCACUCAGAGCCUUAUAGAAAAAGGAGCUGAUGUCAAUGCUCACGCCCAGGGUAUUUUCUUUAAUCCCAAACAUAAGCAUGAAGGCUUUUAUUUUGGUGAAACUGCACUGGCGUUAGCUGCAUGUACCAAUCAACCAGACAUAAUUCAGCUGUUAAUGGACAAUACCAGGACUAAUAUUACUUCUCAGGAUUCCAGAGGAAACAAUAUCUUGCAUGCAUUAGUUACUGUUGCAGAGGACUUUAAAACUCAGAAUGACUUCGUAAUCAGAAUGUAUGAUAUGAUUUUGUUGAAAAGUAAAGACAGAAAUUUGGAAACAGCAAGGAACAAGGAUGGUUUGACACCACUACAAUUAGCUGCAAAAACUGGGAAAUUAGAGAUUCUGAAAUACAUCCUGAGCAGAGAGAUAAGAGAUAAGCCUAACAGGAGCCUGUCAAGAAAAUUCACAGACUGGGCUUAUGGUCCCGUUCAGUCUUCUCUUUAUGAUCUGACAGAACUAGAUACCACCACGGACAAUUCAGUAUUGGAGAUUAUUGUUUAUAAUACGAAUAUUGGUAAUCGUCAUGAAAUGCUGACUUUGGAGCCUCUGAAUUCACUGCUGCGAAUGAAAUGGAAGAAGUUUGCACGACACAUGUUUUUUAUGUCAUGUUGUUUUUAUUUCCUAUACAAUGUAACACUGACGUUAGUUUCCUACCACAGACCUAAUGAAAAUGAAGCUCCACCUUACCCACUAGCUCUAACGCGUGGUGUGGGAUGGCUGCAGUUAUCAGGACAGGUGAUGGUUAUGUUAGGAGCAAUAUUUUUAGCCAUAAAAGAGAGUGUAGCCAUCUUUCUGCUUAGGCCCUCAGACCUGCAGUCAAUUCUCUCAGAUGCGUGGUUCCACUUUGCAUUUUUUAUACAAGCUUUGCUUGUGAUCUUCUCUGUCUUUUUGUACUUGUUUUCCUACAAAGAACACCUCGUGUGUCUUGUUUUGGCAAUGGCCCUAGGAUGGGCUAAUAUGCUCUAUUUCACCAGAGGUUUCCAGUCCAUGGGAAUAUACAGCGUUAUGAUUCAAAAGGUCAUCCUGCAAGAUGUGAUAAAAUUUUUAGUUGUCUAUAUCGUGUUUUUGCUGGGAUUUGGCGUAGCUCUUGCUGCAUUGAUUGAAACUUGCCAAAACGGCAAUGAGUGCCAUUCCAACAGCAGUCUGGGACCUGUUCUGAUGGAUCUUUUUAAGCUCACUCUAGGACUGGGUGAUCUGGAGAUCCAGCAAAAUUCAAAGUAUCCUGUGCUAUUUCUUCUGCUCCUCAUAACUUACGUUGUGUUGACUUUUGUUCUUCUCUUGAACAUGCUUAUUGCAUUAAUGGGAGAAACAGUGGAAGAUAUUUCUAAAGAGAGUGAGCACAUCUGGAAACUCCAGCGAGCUAGAACCAUUUUGGAAUUUGAAAAAUUCUUACCAAAAUCUUUGAGGAAAAAAUUUCAACUGGGAGAACGGUGUAAAGUGGCUGAAAAUGACACGAGGGUGUGCUUAAGGAUUAAUGAAGUGAGAUGGACCGAGUGGAAAACGCAUGUUUCAUUUAUUAAUGAAGAUCCAGGGCCAACAGAUCCAAGCAAAGUUCAAGAUAAUUCAAGAACUAAUAGCAAAACAACCCUGAAUACGUUUGAAGAAAUGGAUGAUUUGCCUGAAACUUCUGUUUAGUUGUUCUGUAUUUCAUAUGUGGAUAUUUUGGAGGUUAAAAGCAUCAGAAGCUGAUGUUGAAAGCUUUUUUAAUAUUUUGGACAGCUGUAACCAGCUGGAACAUAAACUUUCAGUGACAUGGUCUGAUGACUUUAACCCGUUUAAUCAGUGCAGCUAAGCUGAAAUAAAAUGGACUAUUUCACUGGUUCAGUUUUGAGCCUCUUAAAAACCAUUGCUGUCCAAGUUUGUGUGCCUAUUCAAACUUGGACCUAGACUGUGUACUGGUUAAAAAAAAAAAAAGGUCGAAUGUGAGAUCCUUCUUCCUUUUGUGGAAAACUGAGAUCUUUGUGUUCCCAGUCUGAUAUCUUUUGUUUUCAAAUCUUUAACUCAUGAGAAACAUAUUGUAUUCUGAAAAAACUUAAGUUCUUGUCAUGGAGAAAAGAAAGGCAUUUCAAUUUUGAAGACUACUAAAUGAAGAAUGUUAUUUUGAAAUAACAAUGUUCUGGAAACAUUUGAAGCUUUUGUAUUGACUGUCAGUGUUACUGAAAGCUUUAUCCCACAAUUUGGAGAAAGCCUCAAGUGGAAAAAUAGCCCCUUCGGGUCUCAUUAGCUUUGUGAUCUGUUUUCCUGUGUAUAAUACCUAGGGUACAAAUGUGGUCUUUAUUCAUGUGGGUCAUAUGUGGAUUUUUAUUCAUUAUUUAUAUAUGUGAUUUCCCAUAAAAUAAUAGGGCAGAAACACAAUUCACAAUGGAGAAUUUCUGAGUUUGGUCAACUCACAAUGUCUUUAUUUUUCCUGUUUCUACUUUUUCCAUACCGGUGAAUCUUGCUAUCACAUUGGAAGUUUUCAGGUUUAAUUAAAUUAAUUUCUACAUUCAACCACUUCAGAAAGAUGAAAGUCAAUAUUUCUUCCCAAAGAAACAAAAUAAGUUAAAUGCAAUAUAAUUGCAGACUUUAAUUUUUUUUUAUUUUUUUAAUUCAGAGGACUGUGUAAUACAUUUCCGUAGCACUUUUUAUUUCAUUACUUGUGAUGACCUAGUACUAUAAAUUAUAUUUUUUAUUUUUCUAUUCGUGUAUGUAUAAAAAGAAAUACUUGUCCUGUGUACCUUUAGAUUUCAAUUAUUACAAUACGUAUCUUUAUUGUCUUGGAUUUUUGUCAUAUAUACAUUUGGUGCCUGUUUUAAAGGUGCUAUUUAGGAAACAGGUAAAUUCUGUUUUGUGUUUGAAUGAUAAUAUGAAUUGCAUUGGAUUCUUACAGCUAAGCCUGAAGUACGCAAAAUGGUCCAAAAAACUUUCUUAACACAGAAGAGAACGUGAGGGAGCUCUCCAUCGGAAAGAAUAGUGCAAAGCUAUUUGCAGGGAUGGUGAACAUGUGUCUUGCUACCAAACUGGUCUUCUACAGAUGUCCUAUCAGGCAUUUGCUACGGUGUAUGGCUUGGAUGGAUGGGAUCAAGUUGAAAUCUUCAGUUACUUUUUUACAGUGCAUAGGAAUUCCAGGGGAAGGACAUUCAUGCAUAUCAAUAUACCGAUGUAGUAUCUGAGCAUUGUUUGACCUUCUUAGCAGGAUAUGUGAGUAUGAGAAGAAAAAAUCCUAUAUUCCAGAAUCUUUCAUCUCUGCUGGUUGAUUUUGCAUUGAAACUGACAACAAAGAAUAUUGUCUUAGGACUAUGCAGUUCCGUUUGGAUUCUUUUGAGUGCCAGUUUUUGUAUGAAAAAAAAAUACCUCGUCACAUAUACUCAGGAACCAGAAUAAAUGAGUUUGUGCUGUACUCCAUAUUGUUAUGGAUAGACUUGUCACUGAAAACAAGUUCAGAUGUCUCUGCACUGUAUUGAGGUCACUCUGUAGGCACAGCCAUAAAACAGGGAAGACACAAAAAAUGUAAGGAACGUGCUGUAGCCAUGUCCAGGUACAAACCUAUGUGAGGAAGGGGGUAAUGAGGAAGGGGGUGGGUGGGCGGGAUUGUUUCUAAAAGUUCUUCACUGAGAAAAUACCUUGCCUUUGUGGCCAUAGAGUCCUGCCACAUACCAGUUGUCUCCUAUCUCAAGGCUCUUAUCAAGAACGCUGAAAAAUGACUACAGCAGAUCCGUCUGUACUUUUUAUACAAUAUUUAUUUCAACAUAAAGAAAUAAAAUGUACUUCAAUAAACAUCUCAUUCUGUCCUGUAUUUUUAUUUUAUUUCCGUAAAGUUACACAAAGGAAGCUAAAAAGGUUUUUGGCUUAGUAGCGAAUAAGGAGGACAUCACUUUUUGAAGUAUAUACUUUAGGGGUUAUGUUGGUAAUGAAUCGUUUAGUAAACAGCUAAUUAUUGUGUGCUUUCAGAAUUUAUGCAAAGUUCUUAAAGUUUUUUCUGUCUCUGAUUAUCGUCAAAUACAUUUAAAACAUCCGUAAAAAGUUAAUUAAAUCCUAAUUUUCUUCUCUCUUUCAGCUAGUAUGACAGGCUUUCUUUCUACAAAUACAGAACAAGUCAGUCUCGAAAUUCUGAGAAGUCUCCCCAUACAGAUUUCUUCUUAAUUUCCAUUCUGAGAUAGUCAGGUAUGAUUAGUGCAUUGUUCUUCAACACAGCCUGCAUAAUUACCUAAAUCCUGCCUUGUUCUUUGAAACCUUUCAGGGUACAACACUUGAUGUAAACUUUAUUUGGAAAUGUUACAGGCAGGAGGUGGAGACACCUAACGCAGUAGGUGUUUCAGACUACUGGUCACUUGCUAAAUCCAACCCCAUUUUGUCUUUAAAGAUAAGUCAGAAACAGCUUGAAUUAAUCUUGUAGUAGUUUCAAUUUAAACAGUGUUUUAUUUUAGUAUAUUUUUUCUGAAAUCGUGUUUUUAGCUUAUUUUAUGUCUUCAU